AUGGAUGAACAGCUAAACACCGUGGAGCAGAAGGUUGUCCUGAAAAGAACUAUUGGAUUCUUCAGCGCUGUUAAUUUCAUCUUUGCGGUCAUCUUGGGCACUGGAAUCUUCGUCUCACCAGGGGCCGUCUUGCUCCUCUCACAGCUAAAUGUUGGGGUUUCAUUGGUGAUAUGGACAGUAUGUGGGAUAAUAUCAAUGAUUGGAGCACUGUGUUAUGCUGAAUUGGGAACUACUUUUCCAUCAUCUGGUGGGGAAUAUUAUUAUAUUAAAAGAGCUCUGGGCUCCAUCCCUGCAUACAUUUUCUUAUGGUGCUCUGUUAUUUUUCUCAGGCCAGCAGUCAUAAACCGUUCAAGCAUUGAUGUUUGCGGAAUACACUACGCAGCCAUUUUUCCCAGCAUGCUCUUCACCAGAAGCCAUAAAAAAACUCAUAGCUAUCUCAGUGAUUUUAAUUGUAGGGAUCAUUAA